AUGAACAGGGUGGCCUCGAAUGCUUCUGCUUCUGCUGGCCAACAGUGCCGCUUAGUGUGGCUAAUCGAGAUGGAUGCGGCCCGGAAUGCCAUGCGCCUUGCUUUUUCUGUUUUGAGCGCCAGUCGUCGAGCGACCACCAUUCACUCCCGACCGCCCUCUUUUUCCGGAGCGCUAUCCUCACCGCUCAGGCGCGUCGCAAUAUUUUCAAAGUUUUGUCAAAUCCGAGACUUUUGGAUUUUGGGGUACCUGUUUCCAAUCAUUGAACCCGAGUGUACUCCACAUCGCACUCCCUCUUCUUCUCUCUUCUGUUCGUUGGCGACCCAUCGUACGACCAUCAUUGGACAACACAAUGGGCUGACAGCUAAGAACUCGCAUUCAAUGCUGGAAAACCCAAGAACGGAG